AUGCGGUCGGCGCGUGUUGGCGUAGUUGUCAAUGAGAAAGGAGAACAUGUCAUUCCGGCCAGCCGACGUCCCGAUGGUACAUGGAGAAAGGAAAUCAAGGUAAAGGCUGGGUACAUACCACUGGAUGAAGUGCCAACUUACCUUCCAAAGCCUGUGGAGCAGAUGCGCCAGAAACGUGAUGCGUUUGUUAUCCCUGGUCUGUCCAAAGAGGAUGCGGCUGCUAUAACCCGACAAAGGAGGGCUGCAGGCGAGGUAGCUUCAAAUAGCCGGGAUCCGAAGUCUUCUAAGAAUAAGAAAUUGAAAGCAAAAACUAAUUCUGCUGGAGCUGGUAAGACCCAGUUGGGAGAGCAGGAAAAAUGGGAAGUAGCGGAAUCACCUUCGGUAGUAGAAGAAAAGCUCAUUGCGAAAUUAGGGAAGGCUCGAAAUGAGACUAAUGGAGAAGAUGAAAGUGAGGUGGUGAAACGCCAUCGGCUAAGAGUGGAAAGGAAGCGAUUGCGACAGAUCGCCCAAUUAGCCGAAAAAUCCGCAGAGGGUCAUAUACUGAAUCCUGAUCAGCAAGACAAACUGGCUCGUCGCGCCGAGGUUGAGGCCCUUGUUGCUGAAUUGGAGGCUUCCUGUUCCCUCUCUCCUAACUGA